AUGGAGGUGUUUCUGAAUAAAGUGCCGCAGGGUUUGUCAGAUGACAACCUUCGUACUGAACUUGAGCCACAUAUGAAAAAAUUAGGUGUCCUCGACUGGCACUGCGAUAAACCUCUCAAUAAACCUCAUGCCUGGAUCACCUUUCUCAAUGAGAACGAUGGAGGGAAAUUUCUUCAAAGUCAUGGGGUUGGCACUCGCAUCUCACCACAGGCCGCAGGUCGCCAAAAUUACAACAGCCAUCUCAGACCCCAGCACAAUGAAAUCGCAAGAUUAAUCCUUUUCAAGACACAAAUCUUUGUCAAGAAGAGCAAUAAACGAGCUGACGAGACUAUUCUCAUGCACCUCAAAAUACAAAAGGAUGAACGAAAGGCAGAACAGCGGAAGCCAGAGAAACGGAAGCCAGCCGCCGUUGAUCGCAACCCAAAGGCACCCGCUAUCAGCUCAGAAAUUCGCCAUAUCGGAUGCGGAAAAAAUAUUUUUACACAAGAAUCUGAUGUCUUGACAUUUGUCGAACAGAGUGGCCUCCUCGUCCAGGGUGUGGCCAAGUUUGGACGCCGCUCUUUGAGGCUUACGCUCUCAGGAGAUUGCAAUUAUCGCGUUGAUAUUUCUUACGAUAUUAUCCAAGAUCUCGUCACCGAGGCAUCUGAUGCGUCAAUGACUCUCGUCUUGACAGAGGUGCCAAGAUUUUAUGCUCAGCAGAUGUCAUCGAAAUAUGUCAAAUGGGAGCGACAACCAUUUUUGGGCCUGUGGCCUGCGCAUCAGAAAUAUGUGGCUCACUGUUUGGUUUACCGCAUAACACUCGCGGCGAAUUAUGCGGAAACUCUCCAGGACUUGAGAUCUCGAAAAAUUAUUGUCGUUACGAGACAGCAUCUACCUGUGCAAAGGAACCCUCUACCUUAUGAGGAAGACUAUUCCACCUGCAUGAGUAAAUUCGAAGGUUCCAUCCAAAGCGCCAGCAAUUCAAGACUACGACUACUACCAUUUGCGAUACUAUUUCAGCUUCAAGCUUUGGUGUGGAACAACUACUUGCAUCCAGCAACGGCGCUUAAAAUGCUGGAAAUCAUGGACCGGAUUGCCAAGGACUAUCCACAGCAUCUUCUUGCAAGAAAACUGGUUGAAGAUGUGAUAGAGGUAGAGCAAAUGCAUCGGUCAGAGGAUCCGAUGCGCACCUCACCCUAUGGCCCACGACUCUCGGAACAACAGGCUUGGGUGUUGAAGAUCAUGGUCACCCCAACCCGCAUUAUGCUACACGGACCUGAUGGCGAGAACAAAAACAGAGUCUUGAGGAUGUUCCCGCAGCAUUCAGACUACUUUGUCCGAGUCAUAUUUGGUGACGAAGACGGUCAGGAUCUGGCAUUGCUGCCCAGUGUGAAUAAUUCGGCAAUUUUUGAACGAUACCGGAAAAUCAUGAAGGACGGGAUUCAUGUUGCUGGCCGAAAGUUUGAGUUUCUGGGGUUUUCUCACUCCUCUCUUCGCUCUCACUCGGCGUGGUUUUGUGCACCCUUUGUCGACAAGAUGGAGCAUCAGGACAACAACAGCAUCAUCAAGUCGCUAGGCGAUUUUAGCGACAUUCGCGUCCCAGCAAAAUGCGCCGCGCGUAUCGGGCAAGCCUUUUCCGAAACGCCUGAUGCAGUGGAUAUUCUUCAAUGCGGCAUUGAGAUCAAGUACAUCCCUGACGUGAAAACAGCUGACGGAAACCGUGUAUUCAGCGACGGGGUUGGUACCAUCUCGUCGGAUGCUAUGGAGGAGAUUUGGGACCACCUCACAGCGACAAAUUCGACGCCAACCUGCUUUCAAGUCCGCCUUGGAGGGAUAAAGGGAAUGCUCUCACUCGACUCCCGGCUCAAGGGCAAGGUAAUUUGCAUACGGAAGGAGUCCAUGAUGAAGUUUCCAAGCUCGGACCAAACGAGUUUGGGCAUUUGUGACACGGCUUCAAAGCCGCUGCGCCUUGUUUUGAAUCGCCAAACAAUCAAAAUUUUAGAAGAUAUGGGUACAAACGCCGAGUGGUUCAUAGAUCAGCAGAACAAAGCCCUCGACAUACUUCGAAAUGUCACCGCCUCAGCACCAAACACCAGCGCCUUUUUGGAGCAUCAACUUGUGGGCACACAUGUGGGGUUUCCCAAGCUCAUCAAGUACUUGAACAAGGUUGGAAUCGACUACCGGCGAGACAAGUUCAUGAAGAAUGUUGUAGAUCAUACCAUUCUUCGAGAGUUGCGUCUGCUGAAGCACAAAGCACGGAUUCCGGUGGACCAAGGAGUGACUCUGUUUGGCAUCAUGGACGAAACGGGAUAUCUUGACGAGGGCCAAAUAUAUGUCACUUUUGAUUCAACAUAUGACAAGGCCCAGGGUCGGAAGAAGCGGACAGUCAAGGACGGAUUUGUGCUUGUCACGCGCUCACCUGCCCUCCAUCCUGGAGAUAUUCAGCUUGCUCAACUGACGACGCCGCCACCUGGGCAUCCACUACGUGAUUUGAGAAAUUGCGUCGUCUUUAGUCAGAAGGGGGAUCGCGAUUUGCCAAGCCAGCUGAGCGGGGGAGACCUCGAUGGAGACUUGUACAGCAUCUUCUGGGAUCCCUUUGUCAUUCCAAAGAGUUACUUUACCCCGGCCGAUUAUCCCAGAGUUACACCGCCGGCACUGGACCGAGUGGUGACGCGUGACGACAUUGCAGACUUUUUUGUCAAGUUUAUGGAGAGUGAUAUCCUGGGCAUGAUUGCCAACCGACACCAGAUUUUUGCAGACUUCAAAGAAGAGGGAACAGUUGAUCAAGAGUGUACCAGACUCGCGGAGCUGCAUUCAACCGCAGUCGACUACUCCAAGACGGGUAUUGCAGUGACAAUCCAAGAACUGCCCAAGGCACCACGUGGCCGCCCAGAUUUCCUUGCGCCUGCUCCUCCCACCCGUUUAUACGAUCGAGGUGAAAUCGACCACAUUGGAGAUCCCGAAUCGGAUGGAGAUGGUGAGGAUGGGAUGGGUAUAAAUAAGCAAAUAUACUACAAAUCUCAGAAGAUAUUGGGCGAAUUGUAUCGCGGUGUGGACGAAGAGAAAAUCUGGGUUCACGAUGUCCAGCGCCCGGUGGCAGCGAACGGUCCUUCUCCAUGGGAGCAGUUGAACACGCAUGUGCGCGCUGCUCUAAAGGAGGAAGGAUAUACCGUGUCAGACGUUGAUUACACUCAUCGGAUUGAUGACGCAUGGAAGCUUCGUGAACUGUAUCAAACGCAAGUCUCCAAUUCCAUGUGGCAGUUUUCAACCAGUCCUCGCGCUCCCAUUAGCGAAGUGGAAGCCUUUUGCGGGUCAAUUCUAAACCCUAAAGGCAGCCAAACGCGGCGGCAACGAGAUUCAUCCAUCAAGCUGAAAGAGGAGAUGGACAGAGUCAUGAAUUUCUUUGCGAAGCUUAUACGCGAUCGUACUGGGGGUGCUACGGGUACUGCAGAUGACGCGGCGUCGGUCGCAACGGAUGAUGACGGGCAAAGUGAGAGGGAAAGAAUGAAUGCCGUGGAACUGUGCUGGGCUUGUGUGGUUGUGGGGAGCGAGAAGGAUGUCCAGGCUGACGGCCAUCACGAGAGCGAAAAGCCGCUCCAGAGCUUCCGGGUGGUGGCGGCGAGCUGUCUGGUGAAGGAACUCAAUGAGCUGUUGACUAGAAAGAGGCUCGGAAGGGUGGGAGGUUAUCUUGGGGUUCGUUCGGGGCCUCGAUACCAUGGCGUGUUGCCAAUCAGGUGA